UGCCCGUGCUGCAGGACUGCCAGCAGGCGUGGGGGAGGACGUUCUAUGGGUGGGAGACGGGAGCGAUGUGUGGGCCGUAUGGGCCGACGCCACAUGCACAGAACAUCACGUGCAACUCGCAAGGCAUGAUCGAUUCAAUGGUGCUAACGUAUAUGGGCAUCAGCGGACCCCUUCCAGAGUCGUUGGGAAAUCUCACCAGCCUCACUCACCUGUCUCUGGCUCGAAACUCGUUGACGGGGUCCAUUCCUUCGACCUUUGCCAACUUGACCAACCUCCAACAACUAAGCCUUGGUUUCAAUAAUCUCAUGAAAGGCCCCUUUCCAGAGUUCAUUGGUAGUCUGGAGAUGCUUGAAAACCUGAAUUUAGGUUCAACGGGGCUAACCGGAUCGUUUCCAUCCACCAUUGGCACACUCACCAACCUGAUGUCUCUGGAUGUUAUUUUCAAUAAAAUGAACGGCAGCAUUCCGGAUUCAAUCGGCAAGCUAACAGAACUGAGCGCAUUGAACCUAAAUGGCACGUCACUGACAUGCCCACCAAACAAUGCCAGCUGUGAGGUUGAGCAGCACCCUGACAGCGCCUUCUGCAAGACAUGCCCCGCUUUCUGCUCCUCCUGUGUCACAGCACCUCCAGCACCCCCCUCAGCAGCCACCCCAUCGCCCCCCACCACAGCAACUCCAGCGCCUCCCUCAGUCUCUGGGCCUUCAGCACCGCCAAUCAACCCGGCACCCGCGCCUUCUCCAUCGCAAGGGGGUCUGCCCACAGCAGCCAUUGCCGGCAUCGCUGUUGCUGCUGUAGCUGCUCUCCUGCUGGCAGUGCUGCUCGACCUCUCCUCAUCAUCCCGCUCUCCCCUGGUCUUUGUGUGUCUCCAUUGCCCUCAGCCAAUGCUUCCCUACCCUUUCACUCACCACAUUCGCUUAUGGCACACCAUACUCCUCCUCGCCGUCUCCCUCCCAUUCCACUCGUCAGUUUCUUGCCUCCUCGUCCCUCCCCCCUGGCAGGUGAGGGAGAUGGCAUCGAAGCACCACCCGAACCUGGUGCGGCUGCUGGGCUACUGCAUCGCGUUUGACCCGGCAACACGCACCAUGGAGCAAAUACUCGUGUACGAGUUCAUGCCCAACCACGACCUCGACGCCUGGAUCGCACCCGGUGCCGCCACCCCACUCUCCCUCUUUGGGGUGGUGAUGCUGGUGGUGAUCACGGGGCGCAAGGCAGUGCAAGAGGCAGAGGGCGGCCAUGUACACCUCAAGCAAUGGGUGGAGCCACUGGUGGCAUCCAAUUCAGUCACAGCCUUGAGAGACCCGCGCCUGGACGCCCCGGAUGACAUUCUGCUGCGCCUCGCCCGCCUGGCUCUCUCCUGCACCGCCAUGCCCACGGCCUCGCGCCCCUCCAUGGGCAAGGUGCUGGGGGAGCUGGUGGCGCUGAGGGGGGAGAUAGUGGGCGAGGAGGUGGACAAGGUGGCGUCGCGCAUCGACAGCGAGAUUGACACGUCCACCGAUCUCGACUUCAAUGCUUCCAUUGCCCGUGCUCACCAGAUUGCCAUGCAGAGCGGCUCCUCUGAUACUGUGUGA